AUGUCGCCGCCGCUCAGAAAGAGGGAGAUGCCUUCAGCUUCCUACCAUGGCGGCAGCUCCCAGAAGGAUAUGUGCCUCCCAGGAGGCCCUACGAUCCGGUAUACGACAGCCCAGCCGCCAAAAGGAUCGCUGACGAGUGGUGGGAGAACAUCCGCAAGGAGAAGCCCCCUGAGGAUGCGAUCGCUUUCUGGUUGCCCUGGGUUCUCCUGGCAUUUGUAG